AUGAAAUCAAGAUCUGAACAUCGAACACUGAUUAGAAGCUUUGAUUUCAUCAGCCAUGGCGGAAACGGACGUACAGCAUCUGCAGAAUUACAGCCGAGUAUCAUUUACGCUUCGAAUGGAAAAACGGUAUGGAACGAGUUCAAGAAGAGGUUUGAUAAAUCUAAUCUCACUCGUUUUUACCUUUUAUGGAUACAAGUUGGAUCAUUAAAGCAUGGUACUGAUUCGGUAACAUCGUAUUAUACGAAAAUGAAAGAUCUCUGGGAUGAAAUUGACCUACUAGUUCCAGCGCCUGGUUGUGAUUGUGAAGAAACUAGGCCUUUCAUUGAGCAAUUUAAGAAUUUGCGUUUGUUACAGUUCCUAGUUGGGCUUAAUGAAAGCUAUAGUCAGGUGAGAAGUCAGAUAUUGCUUAAGACGCCAGUAUUGACUGUAAAUCAGGCUUAUGCUUUGGUCAUUCAAGAAGAAAUCCAACAUGAACUGAGUGUUCUUGAGGUAAAUAGGGAACCUUUAACUAUGAUGACAGGACAUAAUCAAGGAUGUAAGGCUAAGAAGAUUGGGAUUGUUUGUGAACACCGUGGAUAUAAAGGACACCUCAAGGAAAAUUGCUACAAAAUUAUAGGAUAUCCUCCUGACUUCAAGAGCAAGAAGAAACAACAAGGACAAGAAAACAGAACUUAUGCUAACAUGAUAACAGAAGAAACUACAAGCUUAUCUCAAGGCCAACAGAUGGGACAACUGUUCACUGAAAGUCAAUACAAACUAAUACUGGAGCUUCUGAACAAAACACCUGCAGGUGAUUGUCAUACAUACACUAAUGGCAAGUAUAACCACAUUGUUGGUCUUUACAAUGGGAAGGUGAUGGGGAUUGAUAGAGAGAACGAUGGACUUUAUAUACUCAAAUGGAGUGACAAGCCUGUAGCAACAUUGGCUACCAAGGACACUGAUGAGUGCAGUCUUUGGCAUAUGAGAUUAGGACAUCCAUCAAUAAUGGCAAUGAAGCACAUUUCUGCCUUAAAGAAUAAAAUAGUGGAUAGUUUGCAACAUAACUAUGAAAUAUGUCCUUUAGCUAAGCAAAGUAGAUUGAAAUUCCCUCUUAGUAGCAGCAAGACUGAAUGUAUUUUUCAGCUUAUUCAUCUUGAUGUCUGGGGUCCUCACAAGCUGCCUACAUAUGAUAGAAAACAUUAUUUUCUUACAAUUGUGGAUGAAUUUAGUAGAUAUACCUGGAAACUUACCAAAAGGAGACAAGUUUGCAAAGAGAGCAAGAAAAUCAGUCCUCAUAGAGAACAUAUCUUCCAUUUUAAAGAAAGUGUGGCCAUUCCACAAGAUCCCUUUCCUACACAAGCUUCUAUACCAUCACAUCCUGAUCCCGCAUUGCCUACAUCCACAGACCCUCACAUUCCACCUACAGACAAUAUUCCAGUCAUAGAAAACACCAAUAUACCUUCUACAAGAGUCCUACAGAUUGAUCAUACAGCCCAAAACAUAGAAGCAGCAGAGGUUGAGCAUGAUGAGCAAUAUACCUCAACUGACUUAGUUCCAAACACUGAGCUAGAGCUCAAUGUUAGUCCUGACAAUAGCAUAUUUGAGCCUAGAAAUGAUCAAGAGCCUAGGAAGACUACUAGGACAUCCAAACCUCCAGUUUGGUUAAAAGACUACCAAAAUACUAAGAAGUUCUCUGGCCAAUGCUUAUAUCCAUUGACUGACACCCUUACUUAUGCUAAUCUCACAGCAGGUUAUCAAGCAUACUUGCAGGCUUUCUCAGCUGAAGUUGAACCUACUAAUUUUCAGCAGGCUUCCACUAAUAGCAGAUGGGUAACAGCUAUGCAACAGGAGAUCCAAGCUUUUGAAAAUAGUCAUACUUGGGAGAUAGUGGACUUACCAGCAGGGAAGCAAGCUAUUGGUUCCAAAUGGGUAUACAAGAUCGAGGAGAAGGCCAAUGGAGAGGUAGACAGGUACAAGUCAAGGCUGGUUGCUAAAUGUUAUUAUCAAAAAGAAGGGUUGCACUACCAUGACACAUUCUCACCUGUAGCAAAGAUGGUCACAGUCAGGACCAUUAUCAGCAUAGUAGCUACCAAGGGUUGGCCUUUAUCUCAAAUGGAUGUUAGCAAUGUUUUUCUACAGGGAGAUCUCUAUGAAGAAGUUUAUAUGCAGUUGCCUUAG